AUGCUGGGCCUGGGGGCCAGAGAAAAACUCACGGAGUGGGAAAGCAAGUGGGACGUGCCCGGGGUAGACGGAAAGGCUAAGGGAGAGGCCGAGCUGUACCACUUGGUCACCACCAGUGACUGGCAAAAGCCAGACGAGGAGGGGACACAUCCCCCCACCCUCCAGGCUCCUGCAGUGCCUGGCCAAACUUCCAAACUUCAGAGAGGCGACUGA